AUGCCAUCCAAGGGGCAGUCAAUAGUCAAUCUCCGAACUAAUAGUCAUCUUCGAGACAAGCUUGAAGUGAUCGGGCUUGUUCUGACUUCCAUUGCCAGUGGGGACAAUGUAUAUUCGACUACGUCAGCGCAGGUCAGAUUGAACGAUAUGGUCCAAACCAUCUCGGACGGGUUUUCCGGGCUGCAAGCGCAGAUAGAUGCCGCCAUUCCUCUGGUCAGACAAGGGUCGAAUUUCGCAGCCAACGUUGGUGCUCAAUUUGCACAAGAAAACAUGCAACUGCGAAAAAUCAGGGCUGGUAUCCCGUUUUGGCAACGCUUAGUAAACUUCAAUACUUGGGGAAGUCAAUCGCUCACUCGGAAUAUUGCAAUGACUUCGGAAAGCGCAUCAACAUUGAGGUCUAUUGCAACAAGGCUUGAAGACCUCCGCGCAGCUCUUGUAACCUUUCAUGGAAACGCGGAACAUUUUCGUUUUCUGGAAAAAUCUUUAAUCACAAUUUGUCAUCAGUCCGAGAUCAUAGGUAAUCACAAUUCAUGUCGUGAGCUAGCAAUUGAAGACGAAUUUCGGGCAAUGAGCCAGGUGAUUGGUCGCUUCAAUCAGCUCACCCAGGCAGCUGGAACCAAUUUCAAAGCAAAUCGCACGAAUUCGCCGACCCUUUCAGCCUGA